GAACGUUUUCACGAUUGGAUUGCAAGUCACUGUUUCUGGCGCACAUCCUUCGAGAGCGAGCGAACAUGUCCCGCAACAACAACGGCACCAACGGGUGGAACGACACCGAGUUCAAGAACGAUGAGUCGUCCUUCGAGGCCUUCGCGGCCUCUUCGGGUCCGUUGACCCUCCCUGACUUUGGCGGCAACUCCCAGAUCGACCUCGGCGCAAUUGCGCCUGUGUUUGGGAUCGCGGGCACCACCGCACCAUCGGCGGCCGAUUACCUGGAAUACGACGCUCGCGGGCGAGGUUUCCACGAACGUGCUACCCACAUCAUCGGCAUGAGUUACUUUGGUGGCAUCCUUGGUGGCGGGGCAAUCGGUGUCGUCGAAGGCAUCCGCAACGCGCCAAGCUCGAAGCUCAAGGUGCGUCUCAACAGCCUUUUCAACGCCGCUGGCCACCGCGGCUCCCGUGCUGGAAAUGCUUUGGGAAUCUUGGCGCUCAUGUACUCGUCCAUCCAAGAACUUGCGGAUACCGCCGAACUGGAGCGUUUUGUGCCCGUGGACAAGGCUGUGCCCGUACUUGCCGCUGGUGCCACUGGCAUGCUGUACAAGGCAACGGCGGGUACCCGACCAAUGGUAAUGGCAGGAGCUAUCGGUGCCGUGGUCAUGGGAGCGUUCCAAUUUGGCUCGUCGCUCUUGCGCUUGUAAACACAUUUACCCUUCCCGUUCGUUUAGAGAUUUAGACAUAAUAUACACCCUACCCUUCCGUACUAGUAUGCCGAGGAUGUAUGCACCUGUGGAAACCUGGUCCGUCUUCCUCGACAUGGCGGCAAAGGUCGAAGAAGUUCCCUUCAUUCCA